AUGGCUGAAUCGGAUAUUAUACAAGAACUCCAGAAAAAACAUUUCGGUUCUUUAAGAUUGGAGGAUAAACUGCAUAUUGUCCAAAAUGGUAGACCUUGUCCAUCACUAAAAAAUUUAUCGUCUGAAGAAAAAGAAAGAGGCAGAGAGUAUACCAGACACUUCACAGUUUCUAAUUAUGAUUUUCAUACUUGGCUCUGUGGCAGUGAAAGUUUGUCCAAACCCUUUUGCUGGCCCUGUCUUUUAUUUUCCAAAUCCAAAAACGUUUGGAAUUUUAGUGAUUUCAGUAAUUUGAAUGGACUAACCAAAUCAACCAAAACGCACGAAAAUUCUGAAUCACAUCUUCAGUGUGUAGUAGACCUGUAUAAUUUUGGAAAGCAACGAAUAGAUGAAGGAAUAGACAAAACCCUCAAAGUUAAUAACAUUUUGCGUAACCAAAAAGUUAAGAAAAAUCAUGAAGUUUUAAAGCGACUCAUAGAUGUGACAUGUUUUCUUGCCAAACACGAAUUACCCUUCCGAGGGCACAAUGAAAAAACUUCCUCUUUGAAUCAAGGAAAUUAUGUUGAAACUUUAAAUCUUGUAAAACUCUACGAUCCAGUUUUAGCGGAACAUUUUGAAAAUUCCACAGUCUUUAAAGUCACUUUAAAUGAUAUACAAAACGAACUAAUUAGUAUUAUUAGUGAAGAACUGAUAGAAACUAUUAAACGAGAAAUAGAAAAAGCAGAUUUUGUAGAUUUAAUGUUAGAUGAAGCGUCGGAUAUUAGAAGAAGGUCACAGCUCUCUACAGUUUUGAGAUAUGUUGUGAAGGGAGACAGCAAUGUUACAGAGAGGUUUGUUAGAUUUACCGACGUAAUUGCAGACCGCAUAUCUAAUGGUUUUCUCGAGCACGUACAGAAAACCGUAAGUGAAUAUAAACUGGCUGAUAAAUUCGUUGCUCAGACGUACGAUGGUGCUGCUGUAAUGUCAGGCCAUUUGUCAGGUUGA